AUGCGAGGUAAAACUGAAGAAUUUCUAUUUUAUUCUGAGAUUACAAAGACUGAAAGGAGAAAUAGAAAACUUGCUCGGAAAAAGCUUCAGUUCAAAGCAAUUGAUACUCUAUCUGAAGAGACACAAGAGAUACCAGUUGAAUCACCAAUCAUGGCAGCAAAUAAUGAUGAAGAAAAUCCACUCAUUGAUACUAUUCUUAAUCUAGCUUUUAAUAGGCCUAACUCAAGCAUUAUCCAGCCGGUAAUUGGUAACAAUAAUUGGGAGCUUAAGUCUUCCACUAUUCAAUUGGUGGAGAGAGCCCAGUUUGGAAGAGGGGAGAAUGAAGAUCCUCACAGAUUCAUAGACAGAUUUCUUAUGGUUUAUGACUCAACAAAACAUCCUCAGGUGUCCAAUGAUGCAAUCCGAUUGCGGUUGUUCCCUUUUGCUGUUAAGGGAAAGGCUCUUAGUUGGUUGGAAAGGCAGCCUGCACGUAGCAUUCCUACAUGGGAUGAUUUGUCCCAAAAGUUCUUUGCUGAGUUCUUCUCUAUGGAGAGAUAUAAUCAAAUGGUGAAUGAUAUUACAAAUUUCACUCAGUUAGAGGGUGAAACUAUGUGUGCAGCUUGGAACAUAUUCAAGGAUUUAAUGAGGAGGUGUCCUCAUUAUAACUUGACUACUGGCAAUCAAGUGAGAAUCUUCUUCAACGGUUGUACACCUGAUAUUCGGAUGGUGCUGAAUGGUGCAGCAAUUGGUACUAUUAAAUCCUUGAGAGAAAAUGAGACUCUUGAGCUGAUAGAGAGAAUGACUGCCAAUGAAAAUGAAGGUUUGACAUCUAAGCAUAAGAGAGGUAUUCUUCAGCUGGAAGGAAAUGAUGUUAUGCUGGCUGAAAAUAAGUUAUUAUCCCAGCAAAUGGCAAAUUUGACUUCAAAGCUUGAUAAGAUGCAGAUUUCUGGUGUUCAGGCUAAAGCUGCUACUGUUGUGAAUGGAAUUUGGUAUGAUCAAAGAUCUCCGAUGCAAAAUGUUCAAAGAAAUCAGAAUUUUUCUGUUAGAGGUAGUAAUUUUCAAAGGAGGAUUCAGGGAACUAGUCUUGACUUCAAAUCUAACAAUUAUUUGCAGUCUCCACCAAUCCAACCCAAGGAACCUUCUGACUUGGAGAAAGCUAAUACCAAGAACACAAAUGCAUCUAUAAGAAAUUUGGAGAAUCAAAUUGGCCAACUAGCUAAACAAAUUGUUGAUAGAACUCCAGGUACCUUUCCUGGUAAUACAAUUACUAAUCCAAAGGAAGAUUGUAUGGCCAUCACAAUUAGAAGUGGUAAAGUGGUGGUAGCUCCAGAAAAGCCAAAUAUAGAUGUGGAGGAUGGUGAGAAGCUUAAUGAGGUUGAGGAGUCAGAAAAAGGAGUUGAAAUUCCUUCUAAGGUUGUGAAGCUUCUUAAGAAAGGUGAAGAAAAAGAGCAACCAAUUGUUGUUGAAAAGAAGAAAUUUGAGCUGAGUGAUGAAUAUCUUCAGAAAAUGGCACCUUAUCCUGGAAGGUUCAAGUCAGAACUUAAAAAGCAACAGAAACGUAGAAACAAAGUCUCCAUAAAGUAG